AUGAAGUUCUCCACCACCCUGAUUGCCCUCGUUGCUGCCGGUCUGGCCAACGCUCAGCUUCCUGAUGUGCCUUCUUGCUCGCUGAGCUGCUUCGUCACUGCCCUGACCACCGAUGGCUGCUCGUCCCUGACCGACUUCGCCUGCCAUUGCCAGAAGCCCCAGCUGGUUAGCACCAUCACCCCCUGUGUGCAGAAGGCCUGCGCCGUCUCGGACCAGAUCUCCGUCUCCAACGCCGUCGUCGCCCAGUGCUCUUCCGCCGGCCACCCCAUCUCGGUGCCCCCAAUUGAGACCGCCACCUCUGCCAGCUCCACCAGCUCUUCCUCCUCUGCCUCGGCCACCGACAGCUCCAGCAGCUCCGCUACUGCCACUGCUACUGGCUCUGGCUCGUCCUCCGCCUCGGCCUCCUCCACCGCUACCGGUGGCUCUGGCUCGUCCUCUUCGUCUGCUGCUGGCUCCACCGGUGCUCACGGCUCCACCCCCGCUGGCACUUCCACCCCUCUGCCCUCCAAGACCGCCACCGGUACUGCUGCCGGCGCUACUACUUCCCCCGCCUUCAACGCUGCCGCCAACAUGAAGGGCAACAUGGCCGGUGUUGCUGCCAUUGCUGCUGCCGCUGCUUACAUCCUGUAA